UAAUUUUCACUCCAAAAAUAGCUGAAUGAUUUUCAGAUUGCGAUCAGAAUGAGAACUAAAUUCGGUUAUCAAGUGCGACAGGCUUCUGGUGGAUUUAGGAAGAUCUUGAUCAUCGACGGAAAAGGUCAUCUGAAGGGACGAUUGGCAGCCAUUGUGGCUAAGAAGCUACUGCAGGGACAGUCAAUUGCAGUGGUAAGGUGUGAGGAGAUCAAUAUGUCCGGCAGUCUGUACCGAAAGAAGCUUGAGUGGGCUGACUUCAAAAGGAAGCGCAUGAACACUAACCCCAGUCGAGGCCCCUUCCACUUGAGGCACCCCAGUGACUUCUUUAAGCGAGUUGUGAGAGGCAUGUUGCCACACAAGACCAAGAGAGGCUUCUACGCCUUGUCUAAACUAGAGACCUACGAAGGUAUCCCACCCAAAUACAUCUGCAAACAGAGAGUAGUCGUGCCCAGGUGCAUGACCGCCUUGAAACUGCAACCCGGCAGGAAGUUCUGCAAACUCGGAGAUCUCUGCAGCGAGGUUGGCUGGAGAUUCAAGCAGGAGGUGGAUGAUCUUGAGGCGAAGCGGAAAGCGAGAGGAGCACUGUACUACAAGAUGAAACUGGAGAGGGCGGAGAAGAGGAAGAAGGCAGUAGAGGCUGCAAAGAAAGAAACAGCUCAGUACGACAAGAUCUUAUCCACGUUCGGAAUGCUCUAGAUCAAAUGCCGCGACACGCAAUGUUUUCACUGACUCUUACAGAGUGAACUCAAUCGUUCAAUUGUAUUCAAGUGAAAAGUGAAGCAAUUUACGUGUUUGAGUUGAAAUCUUUUCCGCA